AUGGCCACGUACGACUGUGACGAUGUGCCCAGUGAUGAAGUUCCGGGUGAUGACGUGCCUGAUGAGUGUCCUGUGGACUUGCCCCAGGCCAACCUGGAGGAAGUUGCUUCAGAGCAGGACGUGGAGCGGCUCCUGAACUUGUACACACUGAUCUUGAGGCAGAUGCAGCCUACUGGAACAGACAUCAUCCGUGGGAUCCCAGCCUUUCGAGUUGUGCAGAAAGGGCCGCGAAGAUGGAUGAAGGGGGAGCUCCAGAAGCUUUACAGCUUCAGUGAGGUCACAUCUGAGCUCGACGAAUUUUGGUCCCACAGCUGGAGAACCAAAGUGUGGGUGAAGUAUGCCAGCAUUCUGCUUCUGGCCAACGGAUUGCCAGCCUUCCUCGUUGGAACGCUGGCUGCCCUGGUGGCUGGCGGACUUUCCGCAGCCCGGUAUGUUUGGUGCACGCCAGCUGGGACGUUGGCCUAUUAUCUGACACUGCUCUUGUGGCGACGAAAGAAGAAGGUCUUUCUCGAUAUCGCCUGCAUCAACCAGGAAGAUGGUGGCUUGAAAGCUGAAGGCCUGAUCAGCAUGGGCGCUUUCUUGAAGCGCUCAAAGUCAUUCCUGGUACUGUGGGACUCCACCUACGUCUCAAGGUUGUGGUGUAUGUUCGAGAUGGCGGCGUUCCUGCGCAGCCAUGAGUUGGACAAGGGUGCGGAGGAGAGUUUGGUGGUCUGCCCAGUCUUCGUAGGCCCGGCGCUUCUGAUCGGCCACUUAGGCCUGUGCACGCUCUUCAUGCUGUACCUCUUCUCGCCGGUGCCACAAAUCCCAUGGGGCGUUUUGUUCAUCUGUGGUUUGGCCUUUCCGUGCCUGACGCUUUUCACCUUUGCCAUGAUCGCUCAUUGCCGCAGCAUCGAUAUAAUUCAGAAGCAGGUUCAGAACUUUAGUAUUGACAACUCUUGGAGCCAGUGCUGUGCCUGCGGUCACGUUGUGCCGGACAGCGGUGAGCAAAUGAUCUGCGACCGCACCAUUAUUCUUCGUUGCAUUGCUGCUUGGUUUGGUUCCACGGAAGGUUUCGAGAGCACGGUGCGAGGUAAGGUGCAGACAGUCCUGGUCCAUCAGCUUACGCAUCGAGUCUUCUCGUACUGGCGUAUAGUACAGGUGACAAGCCCGGCUUUGUGGGCAUUUCUCGAUUUCUGGAACACACAGGGGCAUGGCUUUUUGGAGUACGCACUUUCGGCUGCGAACCUCUGCUUCUUGUUUUUGCCCUGCAUUUAUCUACUACUCCUUACCAUGGCCUAUAGGGUGCGCAACCUUUGCGGCUGGACAUGCACACAGAUGCUUCUGGCUGCUGGCCUGGUGGCCGUGGGGGUCACCAGCUUUGUUCUCUUCGUCAUGGCGGGUGAUUGCAGAAACGUUGCUAGUGGAAAGGAAGGGUUUUUUUCGGGUCAGCGUCAGGAAGGUCAUGGAGAUGAUUAUAGGGUUCCAUUCCUUCAUUCCCUUCUGCUGUAG